AUGGAGCAGUUAUUUCAGAACUAUCGCGAGGAUGAGCGGCGGAUCGGCGAGGAGUAUCUGUCCAGUUUGCAGGAUCUGAACUGCAACAGCAAGCCACUCAUCAAUAUGCUCACGAUGCUCGCCGAGGAGAACAUCAGCUAUGCUCCCGUCAUAGUCCGCGUGGUGGAGUACUACAUCAGCCAGGUGGCGCCCGAGUUUAAAUUGCCCAUACUAUAUUUAAUUGAUUCGAUAAUAAAGAAUGUGAAAAGCAGCUACGUCCAGUUGUUUGGGCAAUGCAUAGUCAACAUAUUCCUCAACGCCUUUGAGUCGGUGCAAAACUCACAGUCGCAAGUCCUGGAAAAGGUACGCGAACGUAUGUAUGCCCUGCGACAGACCUGGAACGAGGUAUUCCCACUCAAAAUGUAUGCCUUGGAUAUGAAGGUCAAACGAUUGGAUAAUAAUUGGCCAAUUACCGCCAAACAGCCAGCAGCCAACAAGAUCCAUGUUAAUCCAGCCAUUCACGUUAAUCCAGACUUUUUAAAGACGGGCAUGGUUCCUGUGAUGCCCGUUAACACCAUGGCCAGCGAUAUGGAAGAGAUUCUGCAGGCCAAAACACGCGAGCUACUGGAGCUUAAAAAGCGCAAACUAGAGCUUGAGCUCGAGCAAACCAAGAAGCAUUUAGAGGAGCAAGAACGUCAGCUUAACGAUACGAUAGCUCCAAUGGUCAUGCCAGGGCCAACGACAUCUGCCAUACCCCCGCCCAUUGUGGAUCCCGCCGCUACGGGUGCCAUGCGUCAUCAACGGCCGCCACCCCCAAUGGGUAUGAUGCCCAAUAUGCCAGUGGCCUCACAGCAGUUUCCGGCCAAGCCAAAAGUAAAUCCAGUCAAUCCAGCCUUGCUCAACUCUGUGCGCCCCCGAGAUCCGCGACUGGCGCGACAGAUGCAGGCUCAAUCCUCAUCGCAGUCGGUCGCACCCGUACACACUGAUCCUCGCCUGAAGGCCAAGACCUCAUCGAACUCACAGAAAUCUAGUCGCUCGCGUAGCAAGUCACCUGUGCGAAAUAACAGCAGUCGUUCUGACAAGAGCAACCAUAGCAGCUCGUCCAACCGCAAGCGAAGCGAGUCCAAAAGCUCCACAGCCUCUUCAUCCUCGUCGGGCACCGAUGUGCGGCAUAAAAAUGGCAGCAGGUCAGCUCAAUCACCGGCAAAGCGAUCCGGAAAGAGCUCCAAAGAUCGCUCAGAUCCCUAUGCUCGCAACGGAUCGCCCACGAAGCGCAAGAGCUCCUCGCCAGGCGCUUCGCCCUCCAAGUCCAAACGCAACACAUCACAGAAAACCUCCUCGUCUUCGUCGAGGGGAAAGUCAUCAUCCGGGCGAUCGCGCAGUCGAUCACCGGUCUUCAUGGACAUUGAUCUGCGCCGCAGCAAGUCACCACAGCCAAAGGCAGCGGUACUCGUCUCCCUACCUCAGGUGACAACAUCAUCCUCGUCAUCAGCAGCAGCAAAAGCACCAAAUGAUUUAGAGAAACGCCCUACUCCUCCAGCGCCUCCAAGUCCGCCGAUUAUAGACGUAUCGUCUUUGGACACUGAUAGGCAGCGGCCAAAGACGCCGCCGCCCCCUUUCUUCGAUCCAACCGACAGUCUCGACACGAAGGCCAACAAAAAGAGCAGCAGCAGCAGUAGUAGCAGCAGCAGCAGCACAACAAUACUAGCUAGUAACGCCUCCGCGUCUUCGUCUUCAUCUUCGUCAACGUCCUCGUCCACUUCCAAAUUGCCCGCAAAAGUGUCGUUCAAAAUACAAAAACAGUUUAAUAAAUUAGAAAAAUCUACAGCGAAUCUAUCAACAGCAGCAUCACUGCUAAACCCUACGACCUCAGCAGCCACUGCCACCUCAUCAUCAUCACCACCUGUUGUCCCAGCAGCCUCGUCCUCGUCAUCCCAGGGUAACGUAUCUGACGCGCUGCAGCAGUCCAUCAAUAAGCUGCUGCUAGUGCAGGGCGUACCCAAUCCCGUUGGACAGAAGCGACCCGCCGAUCCCGUACCUCUGGGGACCGAAGAGGAGGAGCUGUCGCAGGCCCAGAAGCGCAGCAAGUCUGCCAAACUGGACGCUCUCUUUGGCAGCGAGGAUGUAGACCUGCGCCGCGAGAAUCCCGCCGUGAAGCCAGGCGUUAUUGUGGUGGAAGACGACUCUAUGGAUGAUUGCGAUUUGAGCGAGACCACAAUGAAGUCUACUUCGCAGCCAAAGAAGGCAACGCUCGAGGAGCUGCGUGCCAAGUUGGCCAAGUCAGCGCGCCAGCAGAGCAAGUCCGGCAAGUUGGAUAACAAGAGCAAGGAACAGGGCGUAUCACAGCGCAUCAAGCAAUUAGCUGAGUUGAAAGCCAACGAUGAUUCCCAGGAGGCACACGAUGAAAAGAUGCGAACGAUUCUCAGCCAGGCGCAGGAGAUGUACGAGAAUCACAGCAUGAAUCAGGAGCAGUACAAGGAUCUAGUCCAGAAAGUGGUAGCCAUCAACGAAAGCAGCAAGAACAAGGCCGACCGUCGACGUGACGAUGAUCUUGACUUGGAUCGCAAUGCUGCCAGGGAUGCAGUUCUACGCAAACGCAUACCCAAGCUUAAGGGCAACGAGAAUCAUUCGUCUGGCUCGCCUCGCAGCGACGGCUCGCCCAGAUACGAGGAACAGCCGGCAGCAGCAGUUCCAGAGAAGCCCUCAAACAAGAGGGAUAAAGCUAAGAGGGAACUUAAGAGACGCAAGCCCACUAAAUGGGGCGAUCAGGUGGAUCCUGUGGCAGCUCAACGUGCGGCCUGGCAAAUGGCUAAUAAUAAUAAUAACAACAACAAGCGAGGAGGAGGAAUGGGAGUAGGCAUGCAGAUGCCUAUCCCGAACCAACCUAAUUUCCGUGGAAUGCCGUGGCAGCAACCUCCUCCGGCCAUGGUAAUGGCACAGUCUAUAGUUCCGCCGCCGCCUCAGCCGCCGUCGAUGAUUGGACUGCCCCCCGUGCCGCCCGUGCAAAUAAGCAAGGCCAUUAAUUCACUGGAUAAUCCCAUGGCGGACGUCGUGCGUAGCAUCACCAUCGACGGUGGAUCCAAGGAGAUUCGUUUCUACAACCAGGUAGCCAUUAUCUUUAUGGCCGGCGACGAGCCCCACGAGAUCGGCUUCCAGCAGGGUCAGCGAGUGAUUCUUAUCGACCACAACGAGCCAUUGCCCCUGAGCUUCAACGACGACUACAAGCCCUUCCAGUUGGAUGGCCAGCUGCAUCGCAUCCGCUUUGGGUUUCCGUCCCGCGAGCUCUACAUCGACGAUCACUGGUACGAGAUCUACUUCGGAGGUCCGGCCGUCUCCGUGCCGAUCGGCAACAAGCUGCACGUCCUCAAGGCCGAAGGCCCGCCGCCCAACGUCGACAUUGGCCGAGUGCGCCGGGAUCUGGUAGUCGGAAAGAUCAAUAUGAUCGUAGACGCACAUACAAUUGUGCCGCUUUUCCUGGACGCCAGACAGCAGACCUUCCAGCUGGGCGCCGAACAGCAUUCGCUGCAGUUCGUGGAUAGCUUUCAAUAUGCUCUGGUGGACGGGCAGCUGCAAAAGAUCGAGUACGGCGGCCUUCCCAAAAGCAUGAUGCUCAACGGGGGUCGCAACUGCUUCAUACGAUUCGGAACCCUCCCCAAGGGCGUUGUGGCUGGCAAGACGCACGUGGCUGAUAUGGUGUACAUUAAGACUGAAGCUCCGGCCGAGCCACCCCAACCUCCACCGGUCAUUGUGAAGCCACCACCUGUGGUGGAGCAACCUUUAGCGGCAGCCCCUGCUCCCGCUCUCUCGCUGCCAGCAGCGGCCGCUGCCUUAGGCAGCUUGAACAUCAACGACCUCUUCCAGAAGCUCGUUUCGUCAGGAAUAAUCGGAGGAGCGGCUCCUGUGGCAGCGGGACCUACCUCUACGGAGUCUUCAGGCACCAAAGAAGCGACUCCUAGUGCUCCGGAAGCCACAACUAGCACCACAGCGUCAGCAACUGUUGCUUCCUCUGCUGCUGCCGUACCGGCGGGUCCACCUAUGGAACCCAUCAAACGUAUCGAUCUUCGCAAACCUGAAACUAUCAAGACCCGCCAGGCGGCGGUGGUGGCCACGCUUUACAUCGGAAUGCAGUGCAGCAGCUGCGGCGUGCGAUUCCCACCCGAGCAAACGAUCAAGUACAGUCAGCAUUUGGACUGGCACUUCCGGCAGAACAGAAGGGAUCGGGACUCGACCAGGAAGGCUACUUCCCGGCGCUGGUUCUACGAUCUCAACGACUGGCGGCAAUACGAGGAGAUCGAGGAUGUGGAAGAGCGCGAAAAGAACUUCAUGGAGGCGCAGGGUCAGCCGGGUGGUCCCGAGGCAUUUGACGAGCUCUCCCAGCAACGGUCCCUGGACUCACCCGUGCCCACGUGUGCGGCCGGAGCUGAUGAUGUGGAUCGCUGCUGCGACAUGUGCCACGAGAAGUUCGAGCAGUUCUACAACGAAGAGCUGGAGGAGUGGCAUCUGCGCAGCGCAAUCCGUGUGGAAGAUAAGAUCUACCAUCCGCUGUGCUACGAGGACUACAAAGCCGCACUGAAUCCUCCUGCCGAGGUGAAAUCCGACAACGAUGUAGAUAUGAAGAACAGUGAUGACAAUGCCAUGGACACGCUGAUCAAACUGGAGGUAAACGACGAUGAAGACGAUGUUCCGAAAGCUUCGCAGACAUUUUUGGAUGAUGACGAUGACGAUGUAAUUGUGUUGCCCAAUGAAGAGCCCAGCGUCACAGAGAUUGUUGAUGACGAUGAUGAGGAGGAAUAUGUUCCCGGCAAUGUAACAAGAGCGGAAAUGGGCAACGAAUCCUCCCAGGACAAGACGGAGUCUAAUUCCGAGACCAAGGAGCCGAAGGAAAGGGCCGCGGAGCAGGGCCAGCAACAGCCCCAUAGUGAAUCGGCCAACGAGUCCGAUGUGGAGAUUCAAGAGCCGAACAUUCCCUUCACCGAUCUGGACACGUACGUGGAAAAGGAAAUGGAUGAGGCCACCAAGGAGGCCUUGCUCAACGUUAAAAUCAAGGAAGAGCCGAAAGACGAUUAUGAGGAGGACGAGGACGAUGGCUUUGAAGACGUGGGCACGGUGGUGACCCUACUGCCUCUGCCCGAGGACGAGAUCUCCAUCCACAGCAGCGAAACUCAAACACAUACCAUCGGAUCGUCCGCCUCGCCGGCGACCAUAGAACGUCCAGCGUCCGUUACGUCGCUCUCGCUGCCUGCCAACGAGGCGGACCUGGAUUUGGAGCCGGCGGAUACGUCCGCAGCCACGGAAACGGAACUGAACGGAGAACCGCAGGAGUCCACGCAUAAUCUGAGCUCAGUGGGUCCGGCGUUACCUUUGGCUAGCAUAGUUAAUAAAAUAAAGAUAAAUAUCACUAAGAAUACAAGUAGUAAUAGUCAUAAUAGUGCCUCCACCGCCGCAACAUCAAUCAUCGACGCAGCGGACUCGCAAGGGUCAGCCAUCAGCGUCAUUGGAGGAUCAUCAGGAGCUGGCGGAGCAACCGGAUCCGGAGAUCCCACACAGGUGAACACCAUUCAAACUAUUUCCACCAUUCCAGUGCUCUGCGGCGGCAACACGUUCGUGCCCAAGAUUGCGACCAGCACCCCGGCUAUGGUCAGCUCGAUCUCAGUGAUUGGCAGCAGUUACGGCGCCAGCGGCAGCAGCAGCAGCAACAAUGGAAGCAGCAGCAGCCGGAGUAACAGUUCCGGCGCCAGUGCAACACAAGCUUUAACGGAGGCAGUUGGUCAGAAAUCGGCAACUCCACCGCCGCCAACUGUUGUGGAGCCGGAACCAGAGCCCGUCGUCGAGCUGAAGCCUGCGUUGCAGAACGUAACGCUCAAGCGGACGAAGAAGGUGCAAAACGGUGUCGAAACAUCCGGCCUAUGCUCGAUCAUGUAAAGCGAUCGCAGGUCUCCCCCAUAAGCGAUAUUCCUACUUAUAUUCAAUUUUUUAAUGCGAUUCUUUUUACACGUUACUUAGUUUUAAUUAUUAGCUAGCUAGGCGAGAGCAGCAGCACCACCAGCAGGCUCCUCUUGAUCUAUAGGUACCCAAUAGAGUUCCACAUCUGGAGCUUACACCGCUCUAAAACUAAUUUAUUUAAAAAUUUUAAUAAAAAAAAGUUACAGAAUAAAACAGAGUAUACAUAAUUUGUGAUAAUUUUAUAAACAACA